GGAACACCUCUGAAGACUACAUAAGAAUCCUACAGAAUGUCUCGGCCAAGGGAGCUGCGGCGUACAUGAGAGUGUCCAAACCAGUAAACAGUUCAAAACUGAGAUUGUUUGGGAAAGGUGUUUGUGAAGACAUCCAGUGCAAGAGCGAAGAGCUGGUGAUCAGUAAAAAAGGCCUCUACUUGAUUUAUUGCCACUUGAACUUUCAUUUCUCCAGCUGUCCAAACAGCCCCACCGACCUCAAGAUAGAAUUCCUGGUGAACGACAAAGUCAACAGGCAAACGUUAUCCACGUGGUGCGCCUCAGAAACGUGCCCAGAAAAGACUUUUAAGACCUUGUUACAGCUCCAUUUGACAUACCUGAACGUGGAGGACCGAGUUUCAGUAACACUCAAUCAUCCUAAGUUCUUGAAUGAAAAUUCUCUUCCCAAUGACAACGUUUUUGGGGUCUUGAGGUUCAGCGAUUAA